GAGGGAGAGGGGGAAGAAUUUCGAUUUUUAAUUACUACCAUUAAAAAAAUCAAAUUUGCAAUUCUUUGGGUGGCCUGAUGGAUUCCCUGAUUGACAGCCGGAAUUGACACUCUGGUACCUCUUAUCUCGGGCAUUUACGGCAAUUUCUAAUUGCAGGUAGUUUGGGGGGUUUUUCAGCGCCUUGGCUCGCAUGGGAACCGAGCGAUUACUUCAAGAGGCCCGGGUUAAGUGCAGGCAGGGGGAGAAUUCAAUCCACAUUCAAAUUGCUUCAUUAAAGAGACGCAGCUUUUGUUGCAAAGGAUUUAAAUGGCCACUAGAAAGUUCUUAUUUAUUGUUUUGAGGCGGUUUAUAUAGGGUGCCCCGCGCUCGCCCGGCGCAUGGAGCCGCAGCCUUCCUCUCCCGCUCUCUCCAUCAAGGUGAUGCCGCCGGAGCCGCUGCCCAAGGGGAGCUCCCGCUGUCUCGACCCGCACUCCCGAGCCAUGUCGCAGCCCGACGGGGAGCCUCUGCCUGGAGCCCUGGAGAAGGAGGACGCCCGCUCAGCGCCCAGCACCCCUUCCACGCCGUCCGUCUGCUCCCCGCCAUCCUCCUCCUCCUCCACGCCGUCGGCCGGCAAAAACGUCUGCUCCAGCUGCGGGCUGGAGAUCCUCGACCGGUACCUGCUGAAGGUGAACAACCUCAUCUGGCACGUCCGGUGCCUGGAGUGCUCCGUGUGCCGCACCUCGCUGCGCCAGCAGCACAGCUGCUACAUCAAGAACAAGGAGAUCUUCUGCAAGAUGGACUACUUCAGCCGGUUCGGUACGAAGUGUGCCCGCUGUGGCAGGCAGAUCUACGCCAGUGACUGGGUGCGGCGGGCGCGGGGCAACGCCUACCACCUCGCCUGCUUCGCCUGCUUCUCCUGCAAGCGGCAGCUCUCCACCGGCGAGGAGUUCGGCCUGGUGGAGGAGAAGGUGCUGUGCCGGAUCCACUACGACACCAUGAUAGAGAACCUCAAGCGAGCGGCAGAGAACGGCAAUGGGAUCACGCUGGAGGGGGCUGUGCCCUCGGAGCAGGACAGCCAGCCGAAACCAGCCAAGAGAGCCCGCACCUCCUUCACCGCCGAGCAGCUGCAGGUCAUGCAGGCACAGUUUGCUCAGGACAACAACCCCGAUGCACAAACGCUCCAGAAGCUGGCGGACAUGACGGGGCUGAGCCGGAGAGUCAUUCAGGUUUGGUUUCAAAACUGCAGAGCCCGCCAUAAAAAACACACCCCGCAGCACACGGUGCCACCGUCGGGAGCGCCCCCGUCCCGCAUCCCCUCCUCGCUGUCCGAUGACAUCCACUACUCGCCCUUCAGCAGCCCGGAGCGGGCCCGCAUGGUGACGCUGCACGGAUACAUCGAAAGUCAGGUACAGUGUGGACAAGUGCACUGUAGACUUCCCUACACUGCUCCACCAGUGCACCUCAAAGCAGACAUGGAAGGACCACUAUCUAAUAGGGGUGAGAAGGUCAUCCUCUUUCAGUACUGACUGCGCGGACUCUUCCUCACCUGCCCGUGGCCCUACCAGCAGCGCUGCCCCUCAGCCGCUGACACAGCGCCCAGCCCUCGGCAGCUGCCACCAGUCCCGCGGGAGAAGCUCAGACCCAGCACUCUCAGUUCUUUCCAUUGACCAGCACCUCACGUCCGCUCUGAUUUCUCCAGCGACACUCUGUGUAUGUGUGUGUUGAGUGCAGAGUUACAUUUUACACUUGUUUCUUGUGGACUUUGUAGAAUGACCGUGAGUCUCUCCAAGGCAGUGCCAGCCACAGUCAAAACUGGUGACUCUACUGUGCUUGCAAGUCUUGCUCCCAACCCAUGGGAAUAUGAACAACCCAGAACACGCUGAGUCUCAGGGGGGUCGGUGAUCACCUCUGAACACAAAGGAAGGAGGAAUUUACGUGGUUUGGCCUGAUUCUCUUUUUGCACCAGUGAAGCAGUUCCUGGACAUCCCUCCUUCUUUCCACUCGCAUCUGCAAAAUCUGAAAUUGGCUUUUUGGCUCAGCAACUCGAUAUAUAGACAGACCUUCCCGAGCCAAACUCGCAGGUAGCUGAGACUCCACUGAGUGGAAAACGAUGCCAGCUGGAAAUAGGCAGUUUUUCAUCCUCCUCAAAGUGCUUUAGAAUCACAUGUCCUUUGAUCACUCAAAGGUAAGUAAAUCUUAGUGUUUUUUCCCCCCGUUUUAUAGGAGGGGAAGCAGAGAUGUCCUAAACUGAGAGGAACCAUGAGGGUUGGUGGCAGAGCCAGGUUUAACACCCUGAAGUUUUUGAUUGCUGACUUGUUCUUAGAAUACUGAAUAUCUCUCUCCUCUCACAGCCAUCUGCCAAAUCUUUUUUUUUUUAAAAAAGUUUUUUACUCUCAUUCUUUAUUAACAAGCUACAUUAUUUCCUUGGAGUCAUAUUGGAUCACAAAUGGGUGAUUUCAGAAUGUACCUACAGAAAACUCUCAGACAAUCCAUGCUCUGGGACUGGGAAACACUCAAUGGAAGGUGGCCAUAAAGGUGUAGAAAUGCUCUGCCCUGCUGUGGACUCAAGCUCAGUCAGUGGAAAGAGUUGGGUAGAAACUGGAGACCAGUUAAAGAGGUGAAGGCCACGGUAAGGCCAGCAGGAACCGUGGCUAGCCGAGCAGACAGCAAGGGGAUGGUGUCUUCCUUUGUCUGGCAGCAUCGCUCUGAUCCCCUCUGCCCUCCUGUUCUCCCUUGCUGGGUACGGCUGUCGGUCCUGCCAGGCCCUGGGAUGAGGGUGAAUCCCGGGAGAACGGCUGGGCUCACGGCAACGGCAAAGGAAGUGCUCAGCAGUCUGGCCCCAAAUCAGGAAAAGGACUCCAAAAUGAUCCUUCAUUGAUGGUAAUAACGAAAAGUAAACAAGUGACCUCUGCCAGCCCUUCUCAGUUUGCACCGAGCCAAGAGCAGGUCUGUAACAAAACCUCUCUCCAUGCAAGCACAUGGGUCUGUCCUGCUGUGAAGUGUCUGUCAGGCUGCUCUUCCAAGAAUGUGAAAGCCUACCCUGAGCCACAGCUAGUGAGGGAUAUGACUGAACCGUGCCCGAGGAGCAGGAGAUGGGAAUCCAUCCGUUACAUAACUUGUUUUGAACUGGAACUGUAGAUACGCGUAUUUUCCUCUCUGGGAGAUCCUGGAUCAAUCCAUGGCAUGGGCCGGGUGGGCAACCAUCCCACUGCUCUGGCCAGCCCACACUGCACACGUGGGGAGCCUCCUGCCCGUGUCCCUGAACUCCGUGUGACACCAGCAGCCAGCCACAUGGCUCCAGCUAAACGGCGAGGAGUGGCGUGGGGAGAUGGGAGAUGGGAGAUGGGGAUGUCUGCUGAGGUGGCCACCGAGAUCUCUUGGUUUGAGGAGUAACUGAGCACAAGCACACGUUGAUAUUGGUUGGAACAAAUCCACGCACGCGCGCUCCUCUGCGUGCAUUACCAGAGUGAUGGUACUACCUCGGACAGCUGGGCCAGUAUCUGUCAGAGUGCAGCCAGCAGCUCCAUUCCCAAUUCAAAAUAACAUUUGAAAGGAGAGAGGGGAAUUAAGUCCACAAAAUAUUAUUGUCACCUCCUGAUGUGUGACCGUUUCCAGAGUGUGACCAGUGACAAGGCGCUCCCGCACGCCUGACCCGACCGGAACCACCACUGCAGAGGCAUCCCCUGGGCCAGGGGACAGUCACCAGCUCCACCAGUGCAGUCCUUUUUGUCCUUGUUGGUAGCAAUGAGGGAAGGAUGAGUGUUCCCUUGGCUGUCUGCUGGUGAGUGUUUGUCAUCACAGGUUGAGGCGGUUGUUGUGUCCUUGUGCCAGCCUUGAGAUGCUCGUAGGGGCUGGGGGGUCACCAGGGCCUGACUUUGUUCUCCAUUUGUGCUUGCACAUCCUAAUGACCAUUUAGUUGUGGAAUUAGUGCCAUAAAGGAAUGGGUGGUUACUCCAUUUGACACUGAAGGAGGGACUUCAGGCUGUAACUUGCCCUGACAUCCCACAGUCUCUGAGAUUGCCACAACUCUUCUGUUGAGGGAGAAAAGGGUUUGAUGUGCUUCUCCCUUCUGUCUUGGCAAUGCAAUGAAAGGGAAACCAUGAAAUAUGUUAUCUGCUAAAUACCAACUUGAUCAGAAAAACCCCACUUGUGAAAUGUCCUGGAAAUCCGAGGGUUUGUAAGUGAUACACGGCAGGGCCGGAGCACGAGGCAGGGCCGAGGGAGUGUAGGUGUUUCUCUCCAGGGACCUGGGCUCACCACAGACUGUGCUCGGGGCACUUCCCCCCAUAAGUAGCCAGGAGCAGCUUUGCUAAUUCAGAAAUCAGGCUCUGUUUAUAUUAAGCCCAAAUUGUUUGCAAAAACUGGAAGCAAUUCAGCUUGUGCAGUUUUAGAGCUAAUUAUGUGUAUGGAAAAUACUCAACUGUACCAAGAAUGUAAGAAAUCUUCUAAUUUAUUCAAUACAUUGUUUCACAACAUAUUUCACACUGACUGUUGCCACUGAACCAAACCUUAUCUCAGGUCAUUUGCAUUCAUCUCCUGUAUGUGGAUUAAAAAAAAAAUAAAAUUAAAGUCAUUCUCAUUUUCUUAGUUUAUUCAGUAAUUGCCAGAUGGGUUCUGGUGCAGCAAUGCAGACUCCACGCACUAAACUUUUCCAGUUGCUAUUUACAAACCCUUUUGCAGACAGAAUCCACUGAAGACAGCCAGUGAAAGGCUCUUCACUCCAGUUUAAUAAGGUGAUUAACAGAGCUCUGCUCUGGAAGUGGGAUGGUUUCAGGUUUUAUCACCAGUGAUUUUUUUCUGGCUCAUGCUGGUUAACCCAUGCCCGAGCUAAAGGUGCUUACAGAACUCACUCGUUGGGACAGGGAGUGGGAACCAAUCCUGCACUACUAUCAGUGAUCUAUCUGCAGGAUGCCAACUAAACACCAGUUUUAUUUCAUCUGCCAAUCAUUUUGUUGUAGCAUGUUGCAAUUCUGCAUGUCUUGGCUACAAUGGUUAAAAAAUUUUUUCUCUGAAUGAGUGGACAGUCAAGACUAAUAUUUAUUUUAAAAAAGUAAAACAAAAUUGUAAGCACUUUUUGUAAAACCAAUGUCUGUUUUGUUACAUACUUUUAAUGUUGUGCUUUGUAAAUGUCUUAUUUGUGUAAUAAAUAAAGUUAAUGCAAGUAGAAGUGCUGGCACUUA